AGUUGACUGUCACCUAACUUCUUUGUUAACAAAUUUAGUGAAGCAGCGAGCAGCGACUUCCUUUUAAUAAAAUAAAAUUAAAGAAAAAUAAGUUAAUAAGUAGAAAUAAUAAUGGUUUCACUUAAUGCAGUGCGAAUUUUAAGAGAAAAUGCCGAAGAAGAAAAGGCGGAAAUUGCUCGGUUGAGCAGUUUUGUAGGAGCCAUUGCAAUUGGGGAUUUAGUUAAAAGCACUUUGGGACCUAAAGGUAUGGAUAAAAUUUUGGUAUCCAGCGGUCGUAAUGCCGGUUCUGUAGAAGUAACAAACGAUGGAGCAACUAUAUUAAAGUCUGUCGGUAUAGAUAAUCCUGCUGCAAAAGUACUUGUCGAUAUGUCUAAAGUUCAAGACGAUGAAGUUGGUGAUGGAACAACUUCAGUCACUGUUUUGGCUUCUGAACUACUUAGAGAAGCUGAAAAGUUGAUUGACCAAAAAUUACAUCCUCAGAUAAUAAUAGCUGGUUGGAGAAAGGCUGUUGACAUUGCCCGUAAAGCUUUAACAGAUGCAUCACAGGAUAAUAGUGCAAAUUCAGACACUUUCCGUGAGGAUUUGUUGAAUAUUGCCCGUACAACUCUUAGUUCAAAAAUUUUGUCUCAGCAUAAGGAACAUUUUGCAAAACUAGCAGUCGAUGCUGUAUUAAGACUGAAAGGAUCUGGUAAUUUACAAGCUAUACAAAUUAUUAAGAAGUCUGGCGGAACUCUGGAAGAAUCCUUUCUGGAAGAGGGAUUUUUGUUAGACAAGAAACCAGGUGUCCACCAACCGGGUAGGGUUGAAAAUGCUAAAAUUCUAAUUGCAAACACUCCCAUGGACACAGAUAAAAUAAAAGUUUUUGGAUCAACAAUCAAAGUAGACUCUAUGGCAAAAAUUGCUGAAUUGGAAUCAGCCGAAAAAGAAAAAAUGAAGGACAAAGUAGCCAAAAUCCUGAAACAUAAUUGUACUGUGUUCAUUAAUCGCCAACUGAUUUACAAUUAUCCAGAACAACUCUUUGCUGAUGCCGGAGUGAUGGCCAUUGAGCAUGCUGAUUUUGAUGGAAUUGAAAGGUUAGCUUUAGUUACUGGAGGUGAAAUAGUCUCGACUUUUGAUCAGCCAGAAAGUGUCAAACUUGGAACUUGCGAUCUUAUUGAACAAAUUAUGAUUGGAGAAGACACAUUACUUAGAUUUAGUGGGGUUGCUUUAGGAGAAGCUUGCUCAAUUGUUAUUCGGGGUGCAACACAACAAAUUAUUGAAGAGGCAGAUCGUUCCCUGCAUGAUGCAUUGUGUGUUUUGGCUGCUACAGUCAAGGAAAGCCGCAUUGUGUAUGGAGGAGGUUGCAGUGAGACACUGAUGGCGGUAGCUGUGAGUAAAGCUGCACUGAGUACAGCAGGAAAAGAAGCAGUUGCUAUGGAAGCCUUUGCUAGAGCUUUGCUGCAACUACCCACAAUUAUUGCUGACAAUGCUGGUUAUGAUUCAGCUCAGCUUGUAACUGAACUUAGAGCAGCCCAUACUAGUGGUCAAUUCACAAUGGGCUUGAACAUGGACAAAGGCGAAAUCGGUGACAUGCGCACAUUAGGCAUCACCGAAUCCUUCGCAGUCAAAAGACAGGUCCUGGUUUCGGCUUCGGAGGCUGCAGAGAUGAUUCUCAGGGUCGACAACAUCAUCAGGGCAGCGCCAAGGAAGCGCGUCGAAGACAGGGGACACUGUUAAAACCUUCUAAUUUCUUUUUAGGUGAUAAUAAUCUUUGGCCCGUUUUUUUUUUCAUUACCUGAGCAAAAGUUCUCCGGUAUUUUAUCAAACCUACAAAGAAAGGUAUUGAAAGUAUUUUAACAGCGUACUUUUGCUCUUGCAUAGCUUUGAUAUUUUUACAUGUUCACACGAAAAAUCAAACUUCAUAUUAACAUAAUGUUAACAUUUAUUAAUAAAUGAUACUUCGAAACUUA